AUGGAGGAAGACCGCCGGCGACGCGAGCGUCAAAUUUCCGUGUACACGGCCUUCGCGUGUGUCAUCGCUGCCGUGGUGAUCAUUGCCCUGCUGGUUGCCGUGACGGCCAAGAAAGUCGUCCACCACAAGGCGGAGCGCUGGCCGGCUGGACCCUUGCCCUUCGACAGGCGCUACGACACGGGCGACCUCCUGAAGGAAGUGACCAACAGGAGCAAACCUGCCGUUUGUCCCACCUGCCAGUGGAAUGACGCGUACCUCUUCGACUCCGCGAAGGAGUACAAAGUCAAAGACGUGUGCUCCAAUUUUUACGUGCACGCGUGCAACCAGCGGUGGCUUCGGGGCACCUCCCUGGCCAAUCGUCCCUAUGCCGAAUUCAGUGCGGGCCAGCUCAUGCUGGACGUGGACUACUUCUUCAAGCGGUUCCUGUCGCUCCGCGGCCGCUCGGAGAACAAUUUCCUCGCGCAAGCAAUGUGGGUUUAUGACAGGUGCAACGCCAACGACAGCGUUGUUGAGUCCGUACAGAGUGUUUUGAGCUCCCUAAUGUUGCCAGACUGGCCGUUUGAGAACUGGGAAGGGGACCUGGUCUGGCACGUCGCGACAGCUGAGAGGACACUGAGGUUACAGCCGCUGUUUGAGGUAGUCUUCAGGAAGAACACCAGGAGUGCUCUACCGGUUAUUCUGCGAGCACCGAAGACGUUGCAUCAAAGGUAUCAGCAAGGUGGCUUCGAUGAACAAUCUUAUGCAACAUAUGUGGCCGCGUCUCUGCAACGUUAUACAAAGAACAAUGCGUCGGCGAUAGCUGAUGGCAUUGUUCGACUGGAGAAGGCAAUUGAGGCGUUUGCGGCGCAAGAAACGCCGAGCAAAGUGUUAUCGUUAGAACAGCUAUUCGCGAGCGAACGCUGGAACUGGAUGAAAUAUUUCGACGUGGUAUUCGAUGGCAAAUAUUCCAUGCUCAACCACACCAUGAUCGUCGUGCAGGACCCCGUGUUCUUCGCCAACUUGAGGCACAUAUUUCGAGGUCGCUACGACACUUCCGUGAUCAACUACAUCGGCUACAAGGCAGUCGCGGAAUUUUCUCCGUUCUUAGGGGACCCCUUCUUGAUGAGGUUGUCGCACGGCUACCGCCUGCCAGAUCUGCAUGAGCGACAGGUAGCUUGUAUGGCCCUCUUGGAGAAGGUAUACCCGUAUGGAUUGGGCAUCGCUGCCAAGCUGACGUUGGGAAAAGAAUUCGCGACAACGUACCGAACACACUUGGAUAGUCAGAUGCAGUUCUUCUUUUCUUUGUCGCGGAAAGUUAUCGUGCAGUUGGUGCAGUCGCACAAAUCGUGGAUCGACCCCGUGGACACUGCCACGGCCGUUCGGAAGCUGCAAGCCAUGCAGCUCCAUUUCGGCACCCAGGCCAACCUGAUCGAGUACGAGCUCUACCGCAGGACCCGUCCGGUUAAAGGCAACACCACGAUCGAAGCGGUUCUGGGUCUGUACUCGCACGCUUCCGCGCUCUACUGGGACGUGGCGAAGGACGCAGGCUUCGACAACAUGGUAGAACAGGACGUAUUCCUGCCAGGAUCGCUUUACCAGGAGGCGGACAACCGGCUGCUCGUGCCUCACGCCGUGGUUGGAUUUUUGAACCAUAUCAGUAACCAGGUUCACCCCAUCUUGUAUCCGGCUGUUAUGGUGCACAUCAUGCGCGGAGCACUCGCAGCUCUCGCACCGAGCGCUUCCUCCUUCGUUAAGGGUGAGCUGAGGAACUGGUGGAGUGUCAGCACGAAAGGGGCGUACGAAAAUAUUAGCAGGUGUCUCCAGGCCCAAUACCCUCGCAUGUCCUCACCGGAGUUGAACCUCUUGGACAAUGCCCUCAUGUACCCUCUGUUUCUCAUCUACAAGGCCUCGCUCGAGAAACUCAAAGGAGUGCACGCCUCCGUCAAUUCCGAACAGCUUUUCUUCUAUAAUUAUGCCGUAGCGCUUUGUGAAAGGAAAUCGUCCGGACCGAUGCAGGGGAUGUGGCGUGUGAACGUACCGCUACGGAACUUCCCUGCUUUCAGCCGGGCCUUUGGGUGUCAAUGGAAAACUUACAUGAAUCCCGCAGAAAAGUGCAUCAUGUGGGCGAUAUCGUAG